GUCUCUCCGGAGCAUGUCGCAGUCGCACUCAGUCCUUGUUCACUUCUCAGUGUGCACUUUGUCCUUGCUGACUCCGCACUCAUCCCCCUGCGUUCCUGCGGCGCAGUGAGUCCGCUCUGCACACAGGCAUCAUGUCGAGUCCCAUGCGCGCGUCAUGCGCUUUCAUCGUCGCGUUUCUUCUUCUGUCCGGAUGCCAAUGCAAGGACGACCGAAAACUUUUGGUUUUCCUCAUCGAUGGCUUCCGUUAUGACUACAUGGACGAUCUACAGAACCUGCCAGGGUUUAAAGAAAUUGUGUAUAACGGCGUCAAAGUGGAUUACAUGACUCCAGACUUUCCGAGUCUGUCCUACCCCAACUAUUACUCCCUCAUGACCGGUCGCCAUUGUGAAGUACACCAAAUGACAGGGAAUUAUAUGUGGGAUCAGGCCUCGUCAGAAGUAUUUCUUAUUGGAACCAAUCCAGGCAGCCUCUUACCGUUGUGGUGGAACGGCUCCGAACCCCUCUGGGUAACUCUGCAGAAACUAGGCAAGAGAGUCUAUAUGUACUACUGGCCAGGUUGUGAAGUGGAGAUUCUUGGUGUAAAGCCCACAUUCUGUGAGAAAUAUGUUAGCAGUCCCUCUGUGACGAAUCUAAAUGAUGCCAUAGAGAAUGGUCUCAAUGUGCUAAAGAACAAUAUGGCAGAUAUGGUAGCUGUGUAUUAUGAGAACAUCGAUGUGGAAGGGCACCAUUUUGGUCCUGGAUCACAGCAGGUGCGGGCUGCUGUCCGCACACUGGAUACGGCAUUCCAGACUUUAAACCGGAAGAUCAAGGAGAAAGACUUGGAAGAAGAUUUGAAUGUCAUCAUGUUCUCUGAUCAUGGGAUGACUGACAUCAAGUGGAUGGAAAGGGUUAUUGAACUGGAGGCUUACAUAAGCAUGUCCAAUAUUAUAAAGAUGAUGGACAGGGGCCCAGUUGUCAAUCUGUGGCCUAAACCAGGAAUGCUUGAUGAGAUAUACACAGCACUGCAGGCAGCAAAAAACAUGAAGGUGUAUCGGACACAUGAGAUCCCAGAUCGCUAUCACUAUAAGAAUGGAAAAUUUGUCUCACCAUUAACACUUGUUGCUGACCCUGGAUGGUUCAUCGUUGAGAACAAAACUAAUCUGCCUUUCUGGCAGAAUGGUACAGGAGAGCCUCAGGGCUGGCAGUAUGGUUGGCACGGCUAUGACAAUGAGUUCCUAGACAUGAGGGGCUUUUUUCUGGCUCAGGGACCAGCCUUCAAGAAGAAUUUCCGAGCAGGGCCGAUCAGAUCAGUGGAUGUGUAUAAUUUAAUGUGUAACACCCUUGCCAUCCAUCCCCUUCCUAACAAUGGCUCCUGGUCCCGAGUGCAGUUUAUGCUGACAGCCUCUGCUGAUGCUGUACAGCCUAUGUUGCUUUACAGAUGUGUGUUGGCAAUACUAGUGAUGCUACUGUCUGCUCGGAUUUAGAAACUACACAUAUCUUCCUUCUGCAGAACUGCGCUUAGGCUUUAACCAUUGAUGUUUCAAGGGCUUUUGAUGGUCAACUAAUGAUCCCAGAACUAUACAUAUCCUCCUGAGAACCAACCCAUGGACUUGUGUCCUCUGUAGUUGACAUUUGUUUUACGUGCACACCCUCUUACUCUUUCAAGCUAUUCACUUGAAUCCUGGUGUCUUGUAAAGAGUACUGUACAUCCUGGACUUUCCAAUGAUAUAUCAUGUGACUAGGAGGGUUGCUGGGAAAUUCCUAGUAAGGAAAUCACAACAAAAGAGAAAUUGAGAGACACAUUUUUUUCUUGGUUCCCAGGAGGAUAUAAUUAUUCCUAUGUUUCAGUACACUAUGUCAGAAAAAGUGGGAUACAAUAGCUAGAAACUUCAGUUAACCCUUUGAUGCAAAACAUGGGUCAAAAGUGACCCGGCUGAGAUUUUGUCUUCUAUAUCUUUGCAAUAAAUUAAUUCCAUCAUUCAGUAUUCAAGGUAUUCCUCAAUUAACUUGUUUUUGAUCAUCAUACAUCCUUGUUUUAUUUUUUCCUUUCUUACUUUUUGAAUAAAACCCCUUUUUGUAUCACUAC